UGAACUAUAAAACGCUUACAAAAUAUACUGCCGUCGCAGUAAUUCUGUCUUGUUUCCAGAUUUAUUCAGAAUAGCUAUAUACAGCUACGAAUCUCGAAGCGAGCGCCACUACAGCUUUGGCAUUCAAGACUGCUUCAUGCCAUAUUUGACUAAGACUUCUGGAAUUCAAAUUCUUCAUAUCAGUCUUACAAAAUCAUGUCAUUUAUCGUCCCUCAACUUGGUAGUCCACACAUACCACUUGCAGUAAGACAAGAAGCCCUUGACAGAGUAUUCGCAGAUCCUGGAAUUCCAGAUGCAGUUCAUUCAACAAAGUCAUUUUGGAUGAAAGAACCGCAUCCUGAUAUUGCAAGUGUACAAUCAGAGCACCUACCAAAAUUUGCCGAUUAUGUCAUUAUUGGUUCUGGAAUUACCGGAGCCUCUGUCGCACAAGCUUUGUUGGAGGGUCUCGAAACGGCGACUCCAUCAGACGUUCAAUCUUUAACACAUCCAAAAGUGAUCAUGCUAGAAGCUCGAGACAGCUGCAGUGGUGCCACGGGAAGGAAUGGUGGGCAUAUUUUGGAAACGGGUGAAGAGUAUGCCAUGCUUAAACAACGUUUGGGUAAAGAAGAAGCCAUCAAAAUCCAUAAGCUGCGCGUUUCUCAUCUUGAAGCGCUGAUCAAAAGUGCGGAGAAUUUGGGUUUGACUGAAGAGUCACAAGUUCGCAAAGUACGUUUUCUGAGUGUGUAUUUUCACCAGGAAGCUUGGGAGGAUAUUCGGAAAGAUAUAGAGCUGUUCAUGGCCGAGAUGCCGGAUGAUUCUAAAGGAUGGGGGUUUAUCGAAACCGAUGAAUUAGCAAAGGAGUUCGGAAUUUCAAAUGCCACUGGUGCAGUAACCGGAAUAGCGGGCGCCAUGUGGCCCUACAAAUUCGUCACCGGACUUCUCGCCCAUCUACGAAAACAAUCCCCAUCAGACUUCCUCCUCGAAACCAACACUAGCGUAUCUGAAAUCCACGGAGAAAAUGACUACUACGAAGUCCUCACCCCACGAGGAACAAUCAAAACCAAACACGUAAUCCACUGCACCAAUGCACACAUCGGGCAUCUAGUCCCCGGCAUCCAAGGCUGCAUCUUCCCCAUCGUCGGACAAAUGUCCGCCCAACCCCCCGGCGACAAAUUCAAACCCCAAAGCGACCACUCCUGGAUCUUCAACUACGAUCGCGGCUUCGAUUAUCUCACGCAACUUCCCGUCAGCUCGACUUCGAAUGGGGAAAUGAUGAUGGGAGGCGGAUAUGCACAGACUCAGGGGGGUGGAAUCCACGAAAUGGGUGUGAGUAACGAUGCUGAAUUGAAUUUGUAUGCCAACAUCCAUCUCCGCGGCGUUCUCGGGGCGGUUUUCGCACCGGAAAAUUGGGGCGCGGUGAAAGAAUCAGCGGUCUCGGCAAUGUGGACGGGGAAUAUGGGAUUUAGCACGGAUGGAUUACCAUGGGUAGGUAGACUCCCCGCAUCUCUCACCGAGAGGAAAACAACAACAAUGCAAGGAGCAGAAUGGGCAGCCGCCGCUUUUUCCGGCGAGGGAAUGGUCCAUGCGUGGUUAUCGGGGAAGGCGCUCGCGGAUAUGAUUCGUUCGUGUGAGGAGAGUGGGAGCGGAGACGUUAGUGUUCCCGAGUGGUUUCCGGAGGCGAUGGUUAUUACAGAGGAGCGAUUGGCGAGGUCGAGGUUAGCGCGCGAUGCGCAGGAGGAGGCGGAGCGUGGGCCUUUGUGAUUUGUGAUUUGUGAUUUGUGAUAUUUGAUAUUUGAUAUAGGAGCUACGUAUUUGUAUGAUCGGUUAACAAUAUGAUGUCUAUGAUCUUAAUAACGAUCUUUUGUCAAUCCUGUCAAUGUCAAAUCUAU